GGGCGGGGAUUCUACGGGUACCGGGAGGGGCCGAGUGCACAUCCUCAUCACCGCGAGGUGAGGCUUUGCCUCCAGCAGUAGCACCGGUGUCUUCUGAGACUGCUGCCUCGGCUUCGUGCUUUCUUCUUUCGUCCCCCUCCCCAAAGGAGUACCCUCCCCUUCACCCCACACCUUGGACGUGAACUUCUUGCCUGAGCAUUGUAAAGACUGACUGGUUUGAAAAUGGAAAACCAAGAACCAGCGGAUCCUUCUCAAAAUACCAAACAGUGUAUUAUUUCAGAGGAGUUAAUUUCAGAAGGAAAAUGGGUCAAGCUUGAAAAAACAACGUACAUGGAUCCUACUGGUAAAAUAAGAACGUGGGAAACGGUGAAACGUACGACCAGGAAGGGGCAGUCGGCCGAUGGUGUGGCGGUCAUCCCAGUGCUGCAGCGGACACUUCAUUACGAGUGCAUCGUUCUGGUGAAGCAGUUCCGACCACCCAUGGGAGGCUACUGCCUAGAAUUCCCUGCAGGUCUCAUCGAUGAUAACGAAAGCCCGGAAGCAGCAGCUCUUCGGGAACUUGAGGAAGAAACUGGCUACAAAGGCGAUGUGGCAGAGUGCUCUCCAGCUGUAUGCAUGGAUCCGGGCUUGACAAACUGUACCACACACAUCGUGACGGUAACUAUCAACGGAGAUGAUGCUGAAAACGUGAGGCCUAAGCCAAAGCCAGAAUUUGUUGAAGUAAUUUCCUUACCAAAGAAUGACCUGCUGAAGAGACUUGAUGCUCUGGUAGCUGAAGAACAUGUGACAGUGGACGCCAGGGUCUAUUCCUAUGCUCUGGCACUGAAACAUGCAAACACGAAGCCGUUUGAAGUGCCUUUCCUGAAGUUUUAAGGCCAAAGGACAGUAGCCAUGUUUUUACAAACAAGACCACCCACCAGGCCUCCUUCACUAAGACUUUGUUAUUCAGCUUAGCUUAAUGUAGAUUUGAAAUUAGUUUUUUCAUUAAAUAAAAGCAACACAGAAUACA